AUUGUGGCAACCUCAUAAUUGGUUUGGGUUCUGCUGUACUAGACAGGAGAAGGUUGAUGGUGUCACAGAUGCCUGCUGACCUGUUGCAUUAAACUUUCAGUAUGGUGUUGAACUCUCCAUGUCAGAGCCCAGGUUUGGUUACACAUGCAGCACCCCAUAUUCUACCAUACUGAGGCAAUACACAAACAAAACUAGUUUAAUAAUGGCAAUUUUUGCGGAUAAAUAUCUGACUUUUCUGCGUGCUCACGCGUUCACCUUCAUGAUGAUGGCCUAUGGCCUCUUGAUUAUCAUCGGUGCUGUUGUUUUGAUGAUAUUGGAGCAACCUGAGGAGAAUUUGCUCGUUACAGAGAUCCGUGAACUAAAAGCUCGUUUUUUGGCAGAGAACCCGUGUGCUGAGGAAAACAGUUUGGAUAGUUUGUUGAUGAACGUGCUUUCUGCGAGUAAACGUGGCGUGGCCGUACUGAAAUCCGACAGCGAUGAAUGCAACUUCGACUUUACGUCGUCGCUGUUUUUCGUCAUUACCUUCCUCACGACCACAGGUUAUGGCACCACUGUGCCCCUUUCGGAUGAGGGCCGUGUGUUCUGUGUUGUUUAUUGUCUUGUGGGCAUCCCAUUCACCAUGCUGCUGCUGUCAAGCCUCACUCAUGCCCUUCUGCCCUGGGUAACACACACUCCUAUUCAGAACCUUCAAUUCUUCUGGGGACUGUCUCGCAACCAUGCUGCGUUGCUGCACUGCAGUGUGCUUGCCUUUUGCACAGCGACAUUGUUCUUUCUAAUACCCGCUGGUGCCCUCUGUCUUCUGGAGAGCGACUGGAGUUACCUGGAGUCGCUGUAUUUUUGUUUUAUCUCACUUAGCACGACUGGACUGGUUGACUACCUGCCUGGGAGGACGCAAAGCCUAGCAGCACGUCAGGGGCUGGAGUUCGCAACCUCCUGUUACCUGAUGCUUGGGCUGAUUGUCCUGCUUGUCGUUCUGGAAAGCUUCUGGGAACUGCAGCAGGUUCAAGGCAUUAUGCGUUUUUUCGCUGGACCGCGGCAUGGUGAGCUGAAGGGGGUGGGUUUGGAUGAGCUUGUGCUCAGUGGGGACAUGACAGGUCCAGAAGAGGAACCUCAUUACACUCUUCCUAUAUCCACAAUCUCCCCUGCUUUCUCAGACUCACCUGCCACUCCAACAACAGAGCUGCCACCAAUCUUUGACUUGCCACCCAUGGCGACCUCCAAAGAAAAUGUUCCCCCUUCACUAAGACCAAACUCCACACCAGAUCUGUGUCAAUCCCCAUCCACUACAUAACGGAACUGGACAUUGAAAGAAGAAUAAACAAUAUCCAGCAAUAGGGUGCCUUCAUAAUAUGCAAUAAUAGCUUUAGUAACUAGAAUCUGGCAAACACUAGGUGGCGGUAUUUGUUUAUUUUCUUCAAUACUCUUUUGCUUAUUCAGAGUGGUACAUGCAUUUAUAUUUAUAAUCUGUUUUUUAAACAAGGUACAUUUAUAAUACAGAUUAUAUUAAUAUAAAAAUAUAUUUAUUCAAAGAUUAUGAACAUGUUAUUCAUUAUAAAUAUUUGAAAAACAAUAUUGUCCAAUAUAUUACUAGUCAAAGUUUGGGCACACUUAUUAAUUCUUUAGUAUAAUAUGUGUUUUAUUUUCAAUAUUUUUGAAAAACAGUAAAGUAUAACUACCUGUUAUAUAAAGUAUAACUAAGUCUGGGGAUGGUAAGAUGAUUAAAUGAUUUCAAAAAGAAUCUCAUAUGCUCAGCAGGCCUGCAUUUAUUUGAUCAAAAACUAUAAUAUUUUGAAAUAUUAUUACAAUUUUUGAAAAAUAGAAAUCUUUUGUAGCAUUGUAAAGUCUUUACUGUGCCUUUUGAUCAAUUUAAUGCAUAGCUGACCCCAAACCUUUGAACCGUAGUGAAUAUAUUCUCAUAUAAUCUUAUAUUCUACCUUCUUCAAAGUAGCCAUAACAGCUCAACCACCUGAAAUCACUGCAUCCACUACACUAUUACUUUAUUACAGUAAUACUUAAACGCAUACCUCGGGACCUUAUUUACUACCCUCCUCCUCAUUCAUUUUUUUAAAAUGACAUUAUAGCAAUAUAACGAGAAAAAUAAAAUUAUAAAAGAAUGUUUUGGGGGUUUUUUUAAAUAAUAUUUUGUAAAAACUCUAUAGGGUUGUUAGUGACCCGAGGUAUGUAAUAAUCAGUGUUGCCAAGUCUGUGGUUUUCCUGCAGAAUUUGGCUAUGUGAACACUGUUGCCACGGGUUGUUUCUCAUGUCCGCAGGUUGAAGCGACCUCAAAUAACAUGAUAUUUAGCCCCUGAAAUGCAAAUCAUACCAGGAGAACCCCAAAAUGCAGAUUUUACCUCCCGGAACGCGAUUGGGUUAGUUUUGGGCUAGUUUUGAGAAGCAAUUGUGCGGGUUUUGUUGUGAAAACCUGGCAACUCUGGUAAUAAUGUUUUGUUUUUUUGUUUUUUUUCUGCGCAACAAUAAUUGAGUUAUUGUUGACUCAAUAAGUGCAAUUCACCUUUAUUCCUCAAGGUGGUAAUGUCUGAUGCCUAAUGAUGACAUGAUGUUUCACUCAUAAUUACAUAAAACAAAAGAAUACACAAUGCAUAAUACAAAAGAAUGACAUUAAUAUCAUUGUGACUUGAUGGUGGAUCUGUUGAAGCUGUCAGCGAUCAAACUAUUGAUUUUGCAGAUUUUGAAGUUAGAGAAUAUGGUUGAGAUGGAGAAUAUGAACCAGAUGCUGAAUGUAUAGAGGAGAUGAGCUCUGACAAUGACAGUGAUGAUGGUAAAAAGCAUCUGCUCAAAUGGAACCCUUCCAAGUUCCAAAAUGUAAUAAAAUAUGCUAUAAUUUAUUCUUUUGUAACUGUUGUUAAAAUAUCAAGAAAGUUUUAUACCAUUGCAGCAGUUAGAGAGCCAUCUGUGUUAGAUAUAAUCUGGGUCGCUAAAGACCCGAAUCUGUAAUAAUUAUUAGCAAAACAUGGAUUUAAGGGGGGAAGCACUUAUCAUGCACCUCUUGAUGGAAAUUCAGGUGCACGAUUUAUCGCAACAUACAAAAAAAAUAACAUUGAACUUAAACGUGAUUAUCGCUUAAACGCGAUCUUAAUGUGAUUAUGAAAUCGCAAAGGCUGCGAUUAUUUUAUUUUACUUUAUUUUUUUAAUGUCCUGCUUGUUAAUGAAGUAUGGCUCCAAAUGCUAAUCCAUCUGAAAGCACUGAGAGUUUGAGUUGACAUGUGUUAUCUUCUGCGUCAGGGCAUAUUUUGGGUUUCUGCGCAAGAGUGCCCUCUGGCUUUCAGAUGGAGAAGCAUUUACUACUGAUCACAGAGCCGUACAGCUCUGACAAGCUGCGCAUAAAAUAAUCGCAGCCUUUGCCAAAUUGUGUGCGAUUUAAUCAUGAUAAGUCGUGCAGCCCUAUUGGAAAUAAUGAAUAAUGAAU